CCAGUCAGCCAAAACUCGUGUUAUAUCACUCCCAUCUGACACAGUAUGUGUUCUCCAGCCACAUCGACCAACCACAUGACAGCCCACUGGAAACGCAGGAUUAUUACUCUGAAUUACCCUACAGUCAAAAAUAAAGAGAUUUUAAAAAUGAAACAAAGUUCCUCCAGGAGAAAAUAUCCCAUUGUAUUGUUUGUCUGAGAACAGAAAUGCGUUAUAUAACAGUCACUACUUUAAUCAGCUUUGCCAACCCUUAUGUUUUUAUUAAACACUGAACUUAUGGCCAGUGAUUGUAAAUGAAUCACAGAUGCUUCCCUACUCCAAUCAUGAGAAAACUGUUGGCAAUUCAAGCUUUCCAUCAUUUAAACAGAGUGCAGUUGUUACUUGGCCACUUGAGUUCCAAUCAUCACAUCUCCAUCCUGCAUCCGAACACGACUAAAUGGUCUUGGAGAAAAACAAACAAUUCAGGAUUUGUAUUUUGGGUGCAAAACGCUCUGUACAAAAUACCAUUCACGUAUAAAACAACAAAUAAUUGUUUAGGUAUUAUUUUAUUGCAAACCUUUUCGCUUACCGCAUAUAAGGGUCCACACUGAGGAACACGGCCUCCAGAAGAACCUCUGAAAUACAGCAAUCAUUACCACUUUGCAUUUAAAAGGGCAAAAAAGCAGAGCUGAAAUCUUAAGGGCAAAACCUCCAUUUCUAAGCUCAGGAAGCUCUACUACUUUCAGCUCGAAGUCGCCAUCUUUAGGAAAUCCCUCGAAGUGCCAUUUUAGGACCCAAGUUUUGGCUUGAACCAUAGCUAUCUGCGUAACGUUAACUGUAAAAUAAGCUAAAAUAAUACCACAUGCAUAUUAUGUGCUAACAAAGAUAACCAUAAUGAUUUAAUUUAAGAUUAUACUCGUGUAUAUUACCUAUGCUGUGUCCACGAAGCUCUUAGAGCUCUUUUAUUAAAUGCCUGAUAUUGCUGUUGCAGCUGUUGUACUCACAAUUGCCCACAAUGCGCUUUUUUGUUUACUGAGAGGGACAGCCUACAUUUGUCAGGUGACAUUUUGCUUUGAUAUGGUUGGAUAAACCAAUUGACCUAUCGGUAAGCCCCUCCCCUCGAACGCAGAUGAGCCAAUGACAGUUGAAUAUGAGUUGCAGGGGGACCGGAACUCGGACAACUUUAGGUUUCAGCGCCAUAGCAUAGAGAAACAUUGUAAUAUCAUAAGUGUCCAGGGAGGAUGUGGAUUAUAAUUCCCACUUGAAUUCACCUCGACGACAGAGUGUGUCCAAAAUGUACCAAAAACAACUUCGGACGAGGUUUUUACACUGACAGCUGCAAUUGAAAGACAUUAGGAACUACGGUCGCUUGUCCGAGUUAGCAACAGUAACUAAGGGGGGCGGGGCUUACAGAUACGUAAAAAUUGAAGAAGCAACUGAUUGUUAUGUUUCUUUUUAAAUACAUUUUUACACAUUUUGACGCUGUAUUAUGACGCGCAUCCACCAUCUGCGUCAAUAAUAAUAAGUAAAUAAUAAAAAAUAAACGUUUGAGCAACUGCCCGCCCUACGCCUUGUGACGUAGGCAAGCGCGGGCAUUUCGGAAGUGGCAAUGAAGACAGACUGACAAGAUUUUACAAGCUUGAAAACAUCAAACGGGAUAUUUUACAAGAAUAAGUUGGGCUUACUGUCAUGUCCAUUGACCAUCCGUGUUAAGAGAAGGAAACAACUCCGAAGUGUCAACUCUGUUCGGAAAAGCAGCCAUGCUGGAUGGGGCACAGUUUGUUGAGGUGCUGUCACGGUUGGGUUACCCACAGGCUGCCAAAUUAAAAGGAUCUGAGUUUGACUGGUUAUUUGAUUCAGCACCAGAUAACCUGCAUCUUUUACGUGUCGCCUGUAACCGCCUAAACCGCAGCAACGUUUUAACUCCAGAAGAGCUGCAGGCAUACAAGGCCCUCCAAGAAUCCGGGAAGCCCUUCUUGGAUGAGGCAACUUUAGCUGACCUUCUUAAGACCUGUUCGUCUCUGGAUGGAGGUGUAGGAUCACAGGGCUGUUCUGCACUGGGUGGCGGGGAAGAUGUUUCAGUUGAGGAUCUUGAGACAGAACUUCAAGCUCUCUACAAGGAGAAGCAACUAAAACAACGCAGACUCAACAAGCUGCAGAUGCUGGCUACCUGCCGGGGUGCAAACUCCUCUGCAUCCCAAGCACUGCUGCAGGAUGGAGGGAGUAUGAUAAAGGAUGCUAACUCUGCCUUAGCCGCUGAAAACGCAUGCACAAACUCGGCCAUAGAGAGUCUGUCAAAGGAGGCCACCAAGCUCGCUGGCUUUUUUCACACCGACAUUCGUUCCUCUAGUAAAGAUAUAUCCGCUCCACUAUCGGUUCCUCAACCAGUGCUCCUCUUUCAGUUGUCUCUAGAGCCCUUCCUCCAUCAGCAGGAACAGUUCACCAAAGUGUUAGCUGCCUACACUCAGCGACAGUUUUUUCAGGGAAUCUCAGACAUAAUGGAGACGUCAAAACACUGCCAGCUGACCAAUCUGAGCUGCUGCAGUGAGAGUGAAGAAGAAGAGGCUGCUGUACUAGUAGAGGUCAGGAAAAAGGAGAUGGCACAAUUGCAGUGGGCAUACAUAGUGGCACAGUACCAGCUGGUUAAAGAGAGGGCAGAGGAGUAUGGAGACAAGGCAGCAAAGGAGUGGCUCACGCAGAAACUGGUGAACAUCACAGAGCCUCUCUGCUACUCACAAGUGAGCAGGCUUGAGGCUGAUCUUCGCUCAGAGGUUCUCUCAAUUCAGUCUGAAAUUCAGUCUCUACUGUCAGACCCAGUCCGCUUGGCAUUGCGAGAUUGUGCCCGCCUCCUUAAUAUCCCCGUGGUGCGAGGUGACCUCGCUCUUCAGGUAGCCAGGCAAAACUACUACACCUCCAGACAGACUGAAGUUCGUGAUCAGCUACUCCGUCAGAAGGCCUCCUUCGAACUUGUACACCUUGCCCAAGAUACGGAGCUUCUAAGGGGAAGGAGAGUAAUGGAGCAGCUUGAGGAAAUAGCAAAGAGGCUGGAACAUGCGGCAGAAACUCCUGCUCAAAGAGAGAACACUCUGACACAACCUCACCUGACUCAGGCCCCCUAUCUUGGUGCUAAUGCCAAACAACAGGUCAUUAUCUCCAAGGACACAGCCUUUAGCAGGUUGCUUCAGAUUCUUGAGUUGGGUAAGGCCUCCCUGGAGCAAGAGGAUCCAUUCCAAACUUAUGGUAGGCUGGAAGCAGCAGCCUUCAAUCUACAGGAGGAGCUGGCCACCGUACAGGAGGCCUUGGAUGGUGCCAGACGAGAACAGGCCUACACUGGUGCACGUCUGGAACGUGACCGUGAUAUGCUUGACCAAAUGGCAUACUCUGACAUUGUGCAGCCUCUUUUGAGGCCGCAGGUAUGUGCUAGAACCACAUCUGCACUGGAACUCUGCCCUCAUGCACAGGAGAUGACAAUAGUUCUAGAUGAGUUGGAGGGUAAGCAGAAGACUCUUUACACGCUUCUUCAGAACAUAGUUGGAGACUUGAAGGCCAAACGAGCUAGGCUGGAACGCAGUGCCUCCUUGAGGAGAGAGAGGGAACUGUAUGUCUGUUUCCAUCUGGACCCUAGGCUGCUCAGCAAAGCAGUCAAAGAUAUGGAAGCUCAAGCAGCGGUUAUGUAGGAUUGGAAUCUAAAUAAAAUAUGUAGUUAAUCAGUCAACAUGUAUACAUGAAUGUCAACAUGUAGGUCCAAGCUGCAGAAGAAGCUGACUGAGAAAAAUAUGUUAUAUAUGUAGCUUAUUACAUGGACCAAUGUUGCUUCUAUGCUGUGGUUAUCCUUCAUUAAAAUAAAUUGUAAUAAUUUGUUCAGCAUCAACAGAUAUUAAUUACUUGCAUUGGUGUCACACCUUGUAUACAUUUGUUCUUAUACUUUUUUGGUUAAUAAACAUUUGUUUGUCAGGCAUUUACUUCUCAAGUCUUUUUUUGGUGAAACCUUGAUUUCAAACUCUUUUAAUGCCAUUUGUUUCUUUGCUCAAGACAUUAUGUUUUUUGUCUCGGAUUACUGUACUAGCUGACUGUGUAGAACUGAUAGAUCUGACUAUACCGACAAAUAGACAGUGAGUUUAGAAUUGCAAUAAUGUGUCUCCACUAAUAAUUUUGAAAGUGGCUGCAGCCAAUUUGUUGUGUUGCUUAAAUAAUAUUUGCAUAUUUUGUUAUACUGUUAUUUACAUGUGUGUCUGCAGGUUUAGUACUGAGAACAGAUUGUGAGAUG